AGGUGUAAAUCUGUCUUAGCGGAUGUUGACUCUCCUCCUCGGAGCUGCUAACGUCAAACAACUUCAUUUGCACCGCGGGUGGAAGCUGCUUCACCCACAACCAGGUUGUGGAACAUUUACCAGGCUCUUCAGGUGGAAUCUCUUUUCCCAGUAACAUCACAGUGAAAGUCGACCUAUAGAGUUGUGAGUGGAGCUCACGUGACCAACCCAUCUGCCAGUUCAGACGUUUGGCCAGUAUGUCCAGUGAUCCUCCCCCUCCGUACCCCGGAGGUCCCAGUGCUCCCCUCAUUGAGGAGAAGAAUGGACAACCUGAAACCGUAAGAACUGCUCCGCCGCAGGGACAGCCCUUACCUCCAGACUAUGGUCCACCACCUUAUGAGGCCCCACAGCCAGGUUUCCUACCCCCUCAUGUCCCUGGAGAAGGGCCCAUGCCAAUGCCCAUGCCAAUGCCUCCACCACCACCAGGUGGUCACUACCCACCCCCACCCGGUCACUUUCCUCACCCAAUGCCAGGGCAGAUGGGUCCUGGUCCCAGUCAUUUUGUCCACAUGGGAGGUCACACAGCGACCGUCCUGGCUCCUCCAGGAGCCGCCACCACUGUGACCGUACUGCAGGGGGAAAUGUUCCAGACCUCACCGGUGCAGACUGUGUGUCCGCACUGCCAGCAGGCAAUCAUCACCCGCAUCUCCCACGAUGUCGGCCUCAUGAACACACUCUUCUGCCUCUUCUGCUUCUUUGUAGGGUGUGAUCUUGGCUGCUGCUUGAUCCCCUGUCUGAUUGAUGACCUCAAGGAUGUGACACACACCUGCCCGUACUGUAAGGGCUACAUUUACACAUACAAGCGUAUAUGCUAACCACCGACAGCUGUAUGCUCCAGAGACAUGUACAUGCACACACAUAAACUCACAGCUCCUCCUGCUGGUAGUUACAGGCUUUUCCCCCCAUUUUUGCAAAGUGUUGUGUAGCCCUCUUAAAUUGUAAGUGCAGUUUUCUCAUGAGUUCACAGAAUAUUUACUGUAUAUAUCGUUCAUGUAUAAACAUGCAUUUGAAAUGUACAAAUCUCUGACUUAACUGCAGAGAAUGAAGGAUACAAAAAGAUCCAGAGAUGGAUAGGGAGCAGGCACAAAAGUGCAUCUGAAAUUGUAAAAACUCUGGAAAACAGGCUUCUGAUGUUACGCAUGUGAAUGAGAAGAAAAUUUCUUACAGAUAGCCUCAGUUAGAGAAAGCUGUGAAAAAGGUCACUUUAUUUAUUUGAGUUCAUCUGUGAAUUUUGCUCAGAAGCAAGAGUAUUCAAAUAUGCUGGCUUAGCAUUUUCUUGUUUUUUAAAAAUUAUUUCACAUAUUUUAUCCUCUGUUUUAACAAUACUCAGAACUGUGAACAUUUUUGUCUGUGUCUGCUAAGUUUGUCCAAACAGACCUUGUUUUUCCUUUUUAUCAUCAUAAUCACUUCUUGAAUGUGAGAGAAUUAACCAUUUUCUUCUCCGUAAACUAAUGACUUUGCUUGUUCGGGAGUUCCCAAGGUUGAUGUUACUUGCUAUUUUUAUUAGUAAUCUUCUGGGCUUCAGUCAGUAGUCACAAAAUGUUCAGUGACUUGCUGUUCAGCUGGUAUGCAUCAACGCCCUCUGUCCAUGAUGUACUUAAUUUUGAUAAUAAAGUCAACGUAUGCACUUUAAGUUGAAACUCAGAUUUCCCACUGAUAUAUUUAUUAAAACCUUAACCUCGGCUCAUUUGUCUGAGGAGUAAAAAAAAAAAAAAAAAAUCUUGAGUAAGACCAAUGCAGAAUUUGGCAUUUACUUCUGUUUUAUGUUUGCUGAGUGAGUUCCAUUAUACUUAAACUUAUUUGGAAUAUAAUAGACUCAAAGUGAAGCUGGCAGACACCAGCUUUAACUGUUACUGAUGGAGAAACACUGGUUGACAUCUCAGUGAUCAUUUGUCCUCUUGCAGGCCAUAUGUUGAGAGUUCUGUGUGUCAAUCUGAAACACCACUCCUACUAAAAACUAGAUUACCUUCUCAUGUAUAAUGUUAAACAUGUAGUUAGUUUAAAGUAGGACGAUAUAUUGACAAAUUACAAUGGUGGCACUAUCAUAACAUUCAGCCUUUCACUGUGCAUUAGCCCGCUAAGGUUACUUCCAUUGCUCAGAUGCAUGCUAGAUAACAAAUACAGAUGUCUCUUGACUGAUAAGAAAAAGCUUCAAAUAAAUGAUAAACUCAAGACAUCUUACAAAAAGACAUUGUGAUUCCACUCAAUUUGAUACUAAUCAUGAACCAUCAUUGUUCCACCUCAGCAUGCCUGAUCCGUCAGCCACCUUCACUCACCAAACGCAGAGUUUGUCUGCAUGAGCCACACAUCAUAACAAGUAGUUCUCACUGGCUAGUUCCCUGAAUCUAUGUGCAUUUGAUUUUUUUUUCUCUUGAGGUUAACCGAGCUGUGCAAGAAAAUCAAAUCUGAACUGAAGGAUUGCAUUGAAAUUCUAAUAUGAAGUACUGUAAGCCAUUGUUGUGGAUACUGCUGGUCUGCAUUGCUCUAAAUGUCUGUGAAACGUAUAACUAUGUAAGUCAAAAUUUGUUUGACUGUUGUAUACAGGUACUAUUUUAUCAAUAAAAAUCAUUAAGGAAACUUUUAA